CGGAUUUACGAGAAAGGACUGUUGAAAUUUGACAGAGGGCUCGCGUUAAAGGCUGGUCUCCUUUUUUUUUUUUUUAUUUUUUGUUUCACCGCGUUUGAUUUCCACAUGCUGCGUGGACAGUAGAGGCGAGCAGAGGAAGGGGAGCACCCCGCGGAUGCCUGGGAAGGUAAAAACGGGGUCCACCGCUGGCGCUACAGGCAUCUCAUCUCACGGAUGGUAAUAAAGGAUAUCCUGAAGAAAGCUCUGGACAGAUGGAUGAGGAUGGAAGAACAGCUUUAACCCCAUUCACCCGGCGACUGUGAAAUAAACGGGGAAAAAAAUCCCAUUGUGAUAAAUUUUGUUAAUCAUUUAUAGUGUAGCCCCAAGGAAACGAGCCUUAGACAGCAAUGUUGAAUCACUGGUGUUGGUAAAUUAUUCAUUAGGAGUAUAGGCAGGCUAUGAUUUUGUAUUGCUUCAAUGUAGCAUUCUCAUUAUUCUUUUUUACUAUGUUUAGCCUUGUAACACCAUACACAUAUUUUCAGGUUCCGUUGUAAUCGUGUGGUUAUGUAGGCCCAUUUAACAGCCAAGAAACAGCCAAAGCGAGGAAAACAUUAGCUUUCGUAUAGAGGAAAAAAUAUCUGGAUAGUGAGGUGUGUCGAGCUGUGCGGGGUUCUUACAUAUAUACAUCAUUUUUUUUUAUAUACAUAUAAGAGUGUAAAGAAGAAACAGGACGGGGGUGUAAACAAACAAACAAACAAAAAAGAUCUAAGAAGAGGGAGAGGGGAAAAAACGACCAAACAUGUUGCCUUCCCAAGAAGCCUCCAAGAUCUACCAUGACAAUUAUAUGCGCAACUCCCGAGCCAUUGGGGUGCUGUGGGCCAUCUUCACCAUCUGCUUCGCCAUCGUCAACGUGGUGGUGUUCAUCCAGCCCUACUGGAUCGGCGACAGCGUCAACACGCCGCAGGCCGGCUACUUCGGCCUCUUCCACUACUGCGUGGGCACCGGGCCGUCGCCCAGCCGGGAGCUCACCUGCGUGGGCAGCUUCUCCGACUUCAGCUCCAUCCCGUCCGGAGCCUUCAAGGCGGCCUCCGUGUUCGUGCUGCUGUCCAUGGUGCUGAUCCUCAGCUGCAUCGCCUGCAUGGCGCUAUUCUUCUUCUGCAACACCUCCACCGUUUACAAGACCUGCGCCUGGAUGCAGCUGCUGUGCGGAGUGUGCCUGGUGCUGGGUUGCAUGAUCUUCCCCGACGGAUGGGAUGCUGAGGUGAUCCGGGACAUGUGCGGGGAGCAGACAGGAAAAUACUCCCUGGGCGAUUGCUCUGUACGCUGGGCCUACAUGCUGGCCAUCAUGGGAAUCCUGGAUGCCCUCAUCCUCUCCUUCUUGGCCUUCGUCCUGGGCAACCGGCAGACGGAUUUCUAUCUUGAUGAUCUGCAAACAGACAACAAAGAUUUUGCUGUGUCGAGGAUUGAGGUGCGGGAUAGAAGAGAGCCACGAUACGGAGUGCAGCGUCUUCACUGAGGGCAGCGCAGGCACUGGACAACUUCUCUUUCUCUUUUCUCCUCUUUCUGCCCUUCUCUUCUUCUUCUUCUCUCGUCUCUCCUCUCCGACGAUCAGGAUAUCACCC